AUGCAUAAAUCUGUUGUUUUGGACGAUCAGCAAAUAGAUACAGAUUCUGUAACAGGUUAUCCGGGCAAUACAACUAAAGAACAGGAUAUGAAGGUAGAAGAAUUGCAAAAAGAACUUCUGAAAGAGGGUUUUUCUGAAAGGAUUGAUUUUCCAUCUAUGUUGCGAUUUCUUAGAGCUCGCAAGUUUGAUGUUCAUCAGGCUAAGACGAUGUUUAUAGAAUGUGAAAGAUGGAGGAAAGAUUUUGGAGUUGACGAUAUUGUAAAAACAUUUUGUUAUCAUGAAAAGCUAGAUGUUUUUAAAUUUUAUCCCCAAUAUUAUCAUAAAGAGGACAGGGAAGGUCGUCCUAUUUAUAUAGAACAUCUUGGAAAAAUAAAUCUCCAUGAAAUGUAUAAAAUUACUACUGAGGAACGAAUGCUUCAAAAUCUUGUUUAUGAAUAUGAAAAAUUUAUCGACUACAGAUUGCCUGCAUGUUCUCGGAAAUAUGGAAAACUUAUUGAAACCUCAUGUACAAUUAUGGAUCUUAAAGGUGUAGGUAUUUCUAGUAUUAGUUCAGUAUAUGGAUAUGUAAAAAGGGCUUCUGCUAUUGGACAGGCAAGAUAUCCAGAAAGAAUGGGUAAAUUUUAUAUGAUUAAUGCUCCUUGGGGUUUUUCGUCUGCGUUUAGGGUAAUAAAACUUCUUUUGGACCCUGCAACUGUUAGUAAAAUAUAUAUUCUUGGAACUAAUUAUAAAUCAACUUUGUUGGAGCAAAUUCCGGAAGAAAACUUACCAAAAACUCUUGGUGGUACUUGUGAGUGUGAUGGAGGAUGCGAGUUUUCUGAUGCUGGCGCAUGGAAUGAUCCUCAAUUUAUAGGAUUACAAAAUGAAAAUAUUAUUCAAGAAAUUAAUAAUAAUAAUGUUAGUAAAUUAAUUCAAGGAAAAACAAUGCAAAUGGAGCAAAAUCGCUUUUCUGUUUCUUCAAACGACCCGAGUUGUUAA